UAAUUUUGAUAAACAUAAAGGAUUAUGGCUUUUCAAUAACGACUUUCACGUUCGACGAGAAUAUGAUUUGGAAAAAAAAACACGUUUAAAAGGCAGGUACAAAUCUGACCUGUAAUUUGAUCAUGUAACGUGCAACAAACAAGAACUUUUAUGUAUGCCUUUAAACGCAAACAAUCAUUAAACUGUUAUCAGCAUGCGUGCGUAAGACUGAAUCAGAUGUUAAUAUGCUUCAAAGGGAUGAAUACAUAGUUCUUUUUUGCUUAAGAUGAAUUUGAAAAACUAAAAUUUAAGUUCGUUUUGAAUGAUUCGUAAUAGAUGCUGUAUAAUUUCUUUUAAACAUUAUAUAUCUUCAACAUUAUUAUUGGUAAUUGGUUUACUAACAAGUGUCUCGAUUGACAUGACUGAUUAUAAUCUGAAUCUGUUUAAAUGCGUGAUGGAUAACUUAAAAUAAAUAAACACAUAUUAUCGUUGGAACGAACUUUUAAAAAAAUAUAUAUAAAUUGUUAGUGUUAGUAUGAAUCUUAAAUAUUAAACAUGAGGUAAUACCAUGUGUUCUCAAAAAAAAAAUACGAACCACUACCGACUUAUAUAAAUCCAACAUAAUGUUUGCGAAUAUAUACUGCGUCCGAAGUUUCUCAAUAUAUAUCAUAUGAGACAGUUAACCUGCAACGGGAAUAUGGCGUCCGGUCAUAAUAGACGAACAAUCAUUGGCAGAUCAAGCCGUACUACUCAGACUGACCAUUACAACAUGCAUGAUGAUCAACUUAUAAUGCUCUGCCAGCGCUUAGCAAGAGUACUUGAUGUAUAUGGAGGUACAGAGACGGCACUGUUUUCAAGUCUACGUCAACUGGUGGGACCUAUAUUGUUCAAUGUUAACCUCGUCGACUUGAUUGGAUUUGAACCAGGGACAUUCGAAUUUAUUGGACAGCAAAAAAGGAACAGAUGGCCAAUUGAUAUCAGCCAAUCAAUAUUUAACGAUAAAUCGACGCAAACAUGCAGUAUUAGUUACAUGAUGACUGAAACAGUAGCUGAUCGAUGGCAGCCAAACCGCGUGGUGAGUAGUGAUGAAUCCACGCCUACUUCUUACUCGAAGUCAAAUGAAGAUUAUUCUUUUGAACUCAGUUUGCUUUUGACCUGGUUAGGGUAUGGUUCAGAACUACGACAAGCCAGGGUAGAUAUGUAUAAAAAAAGUGACACACAACAUACUGCACGUUCAAAAUCCGACGCCCUAAUCACAGCAGGAAGCAAAGGAGAGGGGCUUUCCUGCGUGUUUGAAAGUGACCGCGACACUAUCUUCGUUCUGCAUAUGGCCAUUGCCUUGGAAGAGGGUAUUAACCUAAGAACUAUACCGUACGAUACAACAGUAUUCAGGAUGGAGACAGAUGGCGUUUAUCCGGGCCAUUGUAAACUUCUUUUUCAGCGUCUAUCCCAUACGUUACAAGAUUACAUUCCAAAAGCCCUUUGUGAAGAUGGCAGGGGACGUGCGAUUCUUAGCAGUGAUCUGUUUGUUGAUAUUAGUUUACCAACUGAGCGUGCACCAGAUGAAGUACGCCAUAAACGUGCAGGGCCGUCCAGUCCGUGUACGCUCGGCGUUGGCUUGGAAAUGGACAGAGUUCCUGUUUUACGAUGCCAGUGUCCAAGCAUUUUGAAAAGGUGGGCGAACAGACCGCGCUUUUGGCCAUCGCCCGAAGUCGUUCAGAAAGUCGUAUUAAUGGGAGCGUUUGUGUCACCAGUUGGAUUUAAAGGAAGCCUAACUAAGAAUGUUGAGUGGAGGAUUUGUUUUAACGAGGGUGAGAAUGUACUGGUCAGCAAUUUAAAUGACACUCAGAUCAAAAUGUAUGUUUUGUUGAAAAUGAUUGUGAAAUCUGUUAUAAAACCACUUCAUAAAGAAAUCACAUCAUACACGCUUAAAAACAUUGUGUUUUGGGUAGCGGAGACCAAUCCACAGGUACUAUUUGAUGAAACCAGUUUGCUAUUUUGGUUACAUGAAGGUCUUGGUAAGCUUAGAACUGCAAUAACAAAGAAAAAUCUGGAAUACUAUAUGAUUCCAGAAAGAAAUCUCAUGGCAAACUGCGAUUUGCAAAACGAACAGGAAAAAAUCUGGGUUUCGACAAUCACAGACAUUAUCAAUGAAGGUCCACGUCUAGUAUUGCGAUUGAGUAAGCUAAGAAAUGCAAUUGUUUCGUACCCAGAACCACUACGGUGGUAUUGCAAACGCCGAACUGAGUUGGAGAUAUUGAAUCUAGCGUGGCUCAACAGGGAUCCUGAAUGCAGAGAUGAGCGCGGUGUCAUGAAUGAGUCUGACAAUGUAUUGAAGGCAAUAAUGAUUCGCCAGACAGCGAUAGUGAGGGAAAUCCGUGAGACGCUAUUCAUGGAAGGAAUUGCUGUUAUGAAGGAAGACCAUGAGUAUUUAAUUCAUAUCCGAAUGCUUAUGUAGGAACUAUAUCAACUGAAUGGGAUAUAUUGUCGCCCUGGUGGAUGCAGUUUCCAUCUAACGAUUAAUAUAGGAUACAUAUCUCUUUUCAAAGGAACUUAAAUACGUGGAUUUACACGAAAUAUAGUGUAAGAAAUGCUCUUUGUGUCGACAAUAAUACUCUUAUGGUGUUGUAACAGGUAAUACAAUGAUUACGAUAUAGCGAGUUUAAGCUAAUUUCUACAGUGUGAACAAGUUUUUCUAUAUAUUUUCACAUAAAGCCUAUGUUUUGUAUCUUUUGCUGUUAUCUGUUGAGCCAUUGUAUUAUGAUACAUUCGACUGAUGCCGAUUAUGAUGGAAUUCAGGCGCUGUACGCAUGAAUGAACAAUGUAAUUACGAACACCAUAUGCAGAUGUACUUCAAUAUGUGAAUGUCACGUACAGAAAGAAUAUAAUUAUUUAGAUCUGAUUAAAUAGUUAUAGCGUUAGAAGUAAUUACAUAACUUCAUUGUACACGAUACACAAGUAGUGACGACAUUACAACUCGUAACUGAAAAGAUGUGUACCUGUGCUAAUGUUAGAUUCGUUUUAUUUAGUGUGCAACAGUGCUUUCAUAUCCAAUUCUUUGAAAUAUGCCGAUUGAAUUAUACAAUAAUCUAUUGCCGCUGUAAAUUUGCAGUUCAUUUUUAUGUCCGUCAGAUUAAGGGUUCUUUAUACAAACUGUGUAAUUGUUUUAUGUAUUACGAUGUGUAUGAUGACUAAUAAGCAAUAUGUACAUUUAAACGUAGCACUGAUAAGUCGUAAAUGGUCAUUUUUGGUAAUUAUUAAAAUCAGUUUCAAGUCUAAAUAAUGCUAUCGCGCGCGUCAUUGUAAAUGGUAUUGUGUUUGGGACAUGUAAUAAAAUAAAAUGUAAUAAAAUAAAAUGUAAUAAAAUAUAAUUUAAAAACAAGUAAUAUAAUAAAAUGUAAUGAAGUAAAAUGUAAUAAAAUAUCAUUUAAAAACAGGUUAUAAAAUAAAAUGUAAUGUAAUAAACUGUAAUGUUCUAAAAUGACAUAAAACAAAAUAAAAUGUAAUAAAAUGAAAUAUAAUAAAAUGUAAUGUAAUAAAAUAUAAUAUAUUAUGUUAAAUAGUUUUUCAUUUUGUACUAUAACAUAAUGUAAAGUAAUGUUAUGUAAUGUAAUUUUUUGAAAUGCUAUUAAUUCAAUGUAAUAGUAUAUCUCGAACAUAUGUUACUCAUUUUAGUUUUUAAAAAAAUCAGUUUUAAUAUUAGUAAUACUAUCAAUUCAUUAAUAGAUGUUAAAAGGUGACUUUAUCAGCUCCUUCAUUUAUAUAUUUUAGUAAUUAUAAUGGUUAAGUGUUGAACAAUUUUACUUAUAUGUGUCUUAACAAUCAGUCAUCUGAUCUGUUAGUAUACAAGUUUAUUAACGGGUCUGCCACGUGGCAUUGCGUAUGUGUUCGUCGUGUACCUCAUCGGCGUUGUGUUUGCUUUGUUGUUUGAAUUGUAGUAGUGUUUAUGUGUGUAUGAUUGCCUUUGCAAUGUCAAAUCAUUUACUGUUUCAUGUUUAUUUGAAAAGACUGGUUGUACAUAACAUCAAAACUUAUCAUUGCAGCAUGCUUUAUUUUGUUAAAUGUUUUAUUUAGCCUACUCUGACGUUUAGAUAUGAAACUAUACACUUUUUAUUAUAUAUCAUAAAAUGCUUAAUAAACAACGUCAUUUGUGUUGUGAA